GGGUCCUUCCGGGGAGGGAGGGAGGUGCAGCUUACGGGAAUGUGCUGGGAAGGCAGUGGUGCUGGAGGAGCUGCGAGGAAGGCAUUGCACGGAUCCUGCUCUGCACGCCUCUCUUGGGGAACGGAGUCCAGGCGAGGGGCAGAGCCGCCUUUCCCUGCGGGGCAACGGGGAUUUGGUACUUCUUAAGGAUAUAGCUGUGUUUUUCUUCCAUGGAGGAGUGGGCCCUACUGGAUUAUGAGCAGAAAGCUCCGCACCAAGAGGUCAUGGUGGAAGACACAAAGAAUAUGGCUUCCUUCGGUGAUGGAUUGAAGAUAGUCCAUGCUGCCCAAGAGAUGGCAACACCUUUUCUAACAGCCGAAAAGGAAGUUGCGGAAAGAAUGAGUGAAAAGGAAAAGCCUGAAGAAAAGGAGUUAAAGGAGGAGCUGGGGAAAUAUUCUAGUUCCCCAUAUGUAGAUAUCAGCAUUUUCUUGCACAAUGAUGAUACCCAAGCAAAAGCAACAUGUCCAGGGUGCGGAAAAAUACUCAGAGAUGAAUUGGGAUUAUGUGACUGUUAUACAAGCCAUCCCCUUACGUUCCAUAAAAACAUUCCCAAAGCAAAGGAUCCAUACCAAUGCCUGGAAUUUGGAGAAAACGCCAGUCAGGAAAGUCACCAGAAUUCACAUCAGAGGGUCCAUGAAGAGAGGAAGCAGCAUCAAUGCAUCACCUGCGGAAAGAGCUUCAGAAACAGUGCAGCCCUUAUUUCCCACCAAAACAUCCACAGGGAGGAGAGAUGGUAUCAAUGCAAGGAGGGUAGAACAAUGUUUACUCGGAGCAAGGAAUCAAAUUCCCGGAAAAAAAGCCCCACUGGGAAUAAUUCAUGUAAAUGCCUGGAAUGUGGGAAGAGCUUCCGCUCUGCAACUCACCUCACUUUCCACAAUAGGAUCCAUACAGGGGAAAAGCCGUAUCAUUGCACAGUGUGUGGAAAGAGCUUCACCCAAAAUGGCAACUUCAAUUUACAUAAAAGGGUCCACACCGGAGAGAAGCCGUAUAAAUGCAUAGAGUGUGGGAAAUGCUUCAAAGCCCCAGGUGCCCUUACUCAGCAUAAAAGGAUCCACACAGGGGAGAAACCCUAUGAAUGCCUGGAGUGUGGGAAAAGCUUUAGCAGAAGCUGCACUCUAACCUUACAUAAUAAGAUGCAUAAAGGGGAGAAACCUUAUAAAUGUCUGCAUUGUGGAAAAAACUUCAGUCAAAAAGGUCAUCUUAAGUCACACGAGAGGAUCCACACGGGGGAAAAGCCAUUUCAAUGCAUGGAGUGUGGAAAGAGCUUCCGUUGUUCUGCAAACCUUACUUCCCAUAACAGAAUCCACACGGGGGAGAAGCCCUUUCAAUGCCUGCAGUGUGGAAAAAGCUUUGCCAGUUCUGGUGGCCUUCAUGCCCACAAACGGACCCACACAGGAGAGAAACCGUACAAAUGCCUGGAGUGUGGAAAGAGCUUCCGUAAACCCAGCCACCUAACUUCCCAUAGUAGUAUCCACAGCGGAGAGAAACCGUAUCAGUGUACCGAGUGUGGGAAGCGCUUCAAUCAAACAAGUCACCUUAAUAUCCAUAAAAGAAUCCACACAGGGGAAAAGCCCUAUAGUUGCUCCGAAUGUGGCAAAUGCUUUACCGACUCAGGGGCCCUUGUUCGCCACAAAUGGACCCACACUGGAGAGAAACCAUUUGGAUGCAAGGAAUGUGGGAAAAGCUUCAGUCAAAAAAAAUCUUUUAUUGUACAUUACAGAAUCCACACUGGGGAGAAACCGUACAAAUGCACGGCAUGUGGAAAGAGUUUCAGUGAUUCUCAAGAACUUGCUUCCCAUGAAAGGAUCCACACUGGGGAAAAACCCUAUAAAUGUGCGGUGUGUGGAAAGGGCUGUAGGACCACCAGUGACCUUAGUUCCCAUAAGCGGACCCACACAGGUGAAAAGCCCUAUCAGUGUGGUGAGUGUGGAAAGUGCUUUAGUCAAAACAGUUCCCUUAAUAGCCAUAGAAGAAUGCACGCGGGAGAGAAACCAUACAAAUGUAUGGAGUGUGGAAACUGCUAUAGAAGUAGCGGUGGUCUUAAUUACCAUAGGAGGAUACAUACAGGUGAGAAACCACAUAAAUGAGCUGAAUGUAGAAAAGUAAUUAGAAUCAGUCAUGUAAUAUCUGUAGAAAAUUAAUUCACAGAAACCAUUAAAUGUAUCAAAUGUGGAAACAGCUUUAUCUAUUUAUCUAUCUAUCUACCUACCUACCUACCUAUCUGCGAAAUACCA